AUUCGCUUUCACUGCCAACAGGCCUACACAAACACAAACACAAACACGACUCGAUUCGACCGUGAUGUGAGUGAGGCGGGGGUCUCUCAAUCUCUCUCUCUCCCUCCCUCCCCCUUCCUCCCUCUCGCGCAGGCCCUCUCUCGCGCUGAUUCCGCUGGCCGCUCGCUCUCCUGCUUGCGGAUUCGACACCCCCGUCAUGGACUAGCCGCUCGCCUCGGUUCGUCGCAUCGGGAAUACAAAGAAAAAAACACACAUACUCUCCAGCAAACACAUCCAUAUAGACACACACACACACAGAUCGGUGUCGAAGCUGCAUCGGCACCCGAACAGGACGUAUAGCCGUUGCCGUGCACCGAACGAUGAGCCUGGUCAUCGCGGAGCUUCAUUCUGAGUAGAGGGUCCAGGCCAGAGACGUUGCUAUUUUAAUUUAAUACUGAGAAGAUGGCGAACGAUUCUCCAGCGAAAAGCUUGGUGGACAUAGACCUCGCCGCCCUGCGGGAUCCGGCCGGAAUAUUCGAGCUCGUGGAAGUGGUCGGUAAUGGCACCUACGGACAAGUCUACAAGGGUCGUCAUGUCAAAACAGGACAACUGGCGGCCAUUAAGGUCAUGGACGUCACAGAGGAUGAAGAGGAGGAGAUUAAGCUGGAGAUCAACAUGCUGAAGAAGUACUCCCACCACCGCAACAUCGCCACCUACUACGGAGCCUUCAUUAAGAAGAGUCCACCUGGGCAUGACGACCAGCUUUGGCUGGUGAUGGAGUUCUGUGGAGCCGGUUCUAUCACAGACCUGGUGAAGAACACCAAAGGAAACUCACUGAAGGAAGACUGGAUCGCUUACAUCUCCAGGGAGAUUCUCAGGGGUUUGGCCCACUUGCACGCCCACCACGUGAUCCACCGGGACAUUAAAGGCCAGAACGUUCUACUGACGGAGAAUGCCGAGGUCAAACUGGUGGACUUUGGUGUGAGUGCACAGUUGGACCGCACAGUGGGCCGCAGGAACACCUUCAUCGGAACGCCCUACUGGAUGGCACCAGAGGUCAUCGCCUGCGACGAGAACCCGGACGCCACCUACGACUACAGGAGUGACUUGUGGUCAUGUGGAAUUACAGCUAUAGAGAUGGCAGAAGGUGCUCCUCCCCUGUGUGACAUGCAUCCAAUGAGAGCUCUCUUCCUCAUUCCACGGAACCCUCCUCCACGACUGAAGUCAAAGAAAUGGUCUAAGAAGUUCUUUAACUUCAUCGAGAGUUCCCUGGUGAAGAACUACAGCCAGCGUCCGGCUACGGAGCAGCUGCUGAAGCACCCCUUCAUCCGGGACCAACCCAACGAGCGCCAGGUGCGCAUCCAGCUCAAGGACCACAUCGACCGCACCAAGAAAAAGAGAGGGGAGAAGGAUGAGACAGAGUAUGAGUACAGUGGAAGUGAGGAAGAGGAGGAGGAAGCACCUGAACAAGAGGGAGAACCCAGCUCGAUCGUUAAUGUGCCGGGGGAGUCGACGCUGCGGAGGGACUUCAUCCGGCUGCAGCAGGAGAACAAGGAGCGCUCGGAGGCGCUGAGGCGCCAACAGCUCCUGCAGGAGCAGCAGCUCCGCGAGCAGGAGGAGUACAAGCGCCAACUACUGGCCGAACGCCAGAAGCGCAUCGAGCAGCAGAAGGAGCAGAGGAGGCGGCUGGAGGAGCAACAGCGGCGUGAGCGGGAGGUGCGGCGGCAGCAGGAGCGCGAGCAGAGGAGGCGCGAGCAGGAGGAGAAGCGGCGUGUGGAGGACAUGGAGAGGAGGCGCAAGGAGGAGGAGGACCGACGCCGCGCAGAGGAGGAGAAGAGAAGAGCCGACCGGGAACAGGAGUAUAUCCGUCGGCAGCUGGAGGAGGAGCAGAGGCAUCUGGAGAUUCUGCAGCAGCAGCUUCUACACGAGCAGGCCAUGCUACUGCCACUGGACAAGAAUGACAGCAGAUUACAGAAUUCUCAACAGCCAUUGGACAAUAAUGACAGCAGAGUACAGAAUUCUCAACAGCCAUUGGACAGAGUUGCACAAAAAGCUCACCAGCCAAGCAGGAGACUCCCUGCUCCACCUCCCCCACCGGACAGAUAUAAACUGCUCUCACACAAGCCCAAUGGACCCCUAUCAGAGAUGAGUCAACAACAACAACUGCAACAAAAACAACAGCAACAAUUACAUAAUCAUCAACAGUCACAUCAACAGCCACCUCAUGUUUGUCAGCAAGUAUUACCUCAGAACAGCCAUUUCCUGCCUCUGUCAAGGCCCGCCCUUUCAUCUCCUCCUGCCAAUCCAGACAGCGCCAAGGACCCACCCCCACCGCAUCCACCAACCACAGGCCCUGUGCUGGACUGUGUGGAAUUCAGUGAGCCAAUAGUAGAGGAUGAGCGCUACAGGAAGAAUGUCCAGGGCUCUCCUCAGGCUGCCCCGACCAAACAGGCUCCGCCUGCCGUGCCGCCCCGAGCCGACGCCCACGCCAACGGCAGCGCCCCCGACAACCAAGCCAUGCACCGGCCCGGCGAGCCACAGGUCCCAGUGCGGACCAGCUCCAGAUCCCCCCUCCAUGGCAACCUGGCGCCUGGCAACCUGGCGCCUAGCAACCAGGCAGCACACAGAGGUGCCCCCAGUAACUCUGAGCAGCGGUUGCUAUGGGAACGUGUGGAGCGGUUGGGCAGUGGAAGUUCCUCUGGGUCCACUAGCAGUACAGACCAACAGAGGCCACGGACCUCGUCUAAAUCAGAGGGGUCGCCACGCCAACUCCUUGAGCAUGCUGGGAAAACAUCCGACAACAGAAAGGAGCUCGCUCGUCCAGGCUGUCCGUCGGACCUGACGGCGCUGGCCAAGGAGCUGCGUGCGGCGGAGGACGUUCGUCCGUCCAAGGCCACAGACUACUCUUCGUCCAGCGAGGAGUCGGGCACCACCGACGAUGAUGAUGAUGAAGAGGUGGACCAGGAGGGGGGGGAGGAGUCCACAUCAGGACCAGAGGACUCACGUGCCAUUUCAUCUCGUCUGAGUAAUGGGGAAACGGAGUUGGCGAAGACCAUGGUUGUCCAUGACGACGGGGAGAGUGAAGCCUCAUCCACACCCUGUAAGGACAGCACACUGGUGGUGAGACAGUCUCAAGCAGCGACGACACAGAAGCACAAGUCGUCAUCUUCCUUCACUCCGUUUAUCGACCCGCGCUUGCUUCAGGUCUCCCCUUCAACUGGCAGCGCCCUCAACAACGCAGGUUACGGGAACGAUGCGCGUCUGGCGGAGGCGUUGAGAGCGGACGCGUCCCGUAAGGGUUCCGUGGUCAACGUCAACCCGGUCAACACGCGGCCGCAGAGCGACACGCCUGAGAUACGCAAGUACAAGAAGAGAUUCAACUCUGAGAUCCUGUGUGCUGCACUGUGGGGCGUGAACCUGCUGGUGGGCACAGAGUCUGGUCUGAUGCUGCUGGACCGCAGUGGGCAGGGAAAAGUGUACCCCCUCAUCAACCGGCGCCGCUUCCAGCAGAUGGACGUACUCGAAGGACUCAACGUCCUGGUCACCAUCUCAGGAAAGAAGAAUAAGCUGCGUGUGUAUUACCUGUCCUGGCUGCGUAACAAAAUCCUGCAUAACGACCCCGAGGUGGAGAAGAAGCAGGGCUGGACCACUGUGGGGGACUUGGAGGGGUGUGUGCACUACAAAGUUGUGAAGUAUGAGAGAAUUAAGUUCCUGGUGCUGGCACUUAAGAACUCAGUGGAGGUGUACGCCUGGGCCCCCAAACCCUACCACAAGUUCAUGGCCUUUAAGUCAUUUGGAGACCUGGUGCACAAGCCCCUGCUGGUUGACCUGACUGUGGAGGAGGGUCAGAGGUUAAAGGUCAUCUAUGGGUCUUGUUCGGGGUUCCACGCCGUAGAUGUGGACUCAGGGGCCGUUUAUGACAUCUACCUGCCUACCCAUAUCCAGAUGAGCAUCCAGUCUCACGCCAUCAUCAUCCUGCCCAACACGGACGGCAUCGAGCUGCUGGUGUGUUACGAGGACGAGGGCGUCUACGUCAACACCUACGGCCGCAUCACUAAAGACGUGGUGUUACAGUGGGGAGAGAUGCCCACCUCAGUGGCGUACAUCCGCUCCAACCAGAUCAUGGGCUGGGGGGAGAAGGCCAUCGAGAUCCGCUCCGUGGAGACUGGACAUCUGGACGGGGUCUUCAUGCACAAGAGAGCCCAGAGACUCAAGUUCCUGUGUGAGAGAAACGACAAGGUGUUCUUUGCGUCGGUGCGUUCCGGCGGCUCCAGUCAGGUGUACUUCAUGACCCUCGGCCGCACCUCCCUUCUCAGCUGGUAGAAGCUCCACCCAUCCAGCCUCCAGCCACACCCACUUUUCAAGACCGCCAUGGAAACCAAGUCCAAACAUCCAACACCACUCCCACGGAUCUGGGGUCCCUGCUGUGAGCGCUGUGCCGGGCUGGCGCACGCUGAUGAUGUCACAGACGGGGACCGUGUACAGCUGACCUAUCGGGGGCGGAGCUUCAGUGUUAUGCUAGUCUGUGUUCGUGUCUCUCUGUUGGACCACGGGAGUGUGAGGGUUGCCACGGAAACGACAGAGGACAUGAGGGGAAUAUUUAAAGGCAUGUUUGUGAAAGAGCUGGCACCUGCUAAAAGACAAGUAGAAAGUGUGUGUGAGUGCGUGUAUGUGUGUCUGUGUGUGUGUGUGUGACAGAAAAGAUAUUGGGUGGGAUAGAUCCAGGUUUGUGUGAGUAUGUUUUUGGAACUAUGGAAGUGAUUCUGAUUCUUGUUCUAAUGAUUCUGAUUCUUGUUCUAAUGAUUCCGAUUCUUGUUCUAAUGAUUCCGAUUCACAGAGAAACUAUGUAUAACUAUGUGGCUUCAGUGUUUGACCUUUGACCUUUCUGUUCAACCCUUGACCCUGUCACCCAAUCACACGGCCGUAUUUAAGUAAGGGGCGGGGCAACUGACUGUAUGUAUUUCUCACCGAGCUCACGGGGAAAGCCCCGCCUCUUUUUACACAGUGGUCAUGUGAUCAAGUCUCUGAACUACAGGACGCCCAAUAAAGAAACAGAGAGGACUUCCUGUGCACAUCUCUACGCACACACACACACACACACACACACACACACACACACACACACUAGUGCUGUAGAAAUGCAUUUAGUAUUUUCCAUAUGUUAUGCUGUGAACAGUGAAUUUGAACAGUGUGUGUGUUUGCGUGUCUGUGUGUACACGUGUAUGUGUGUGAUAGAGAGAAAGAGAGAUCCAGUUUUAGACACACACUCACACACAGACUCA